UGUGCGCGCGCCUGGAGAAGGGGGCGGGAAGGUUGGUUUGAGAGACGCAGGCUCGCGACGCUCACGGCUCUCUCCUCCUCACUGCAGCCCGCUCACCUCAGCGCCUUCAGCGAACACUUCACUGGAAGUAAAAAACAAAAAACAUAACAGAAAUUCGCCUGGAAAACAAACGAUUUGUGUGGAAGUGGGAAAGAAAGAGAGAGACAGAGAGACAGAGAGAAGAAACGACUCGCCAUCAGCCGCGUCAAAAGCUGGAGAAAAGUCCGAAGUAGGUCGAAAAUCAGAAGAAGAAACAGAAGAAGAGACGUUCAUCUGUUCUGAGGCUUCCUGGAUUCAGAGCGAAGAUGGCUGGCGCUCCCGACAAGCUUGCCGUUCUUGCGUCGUGCAUAUGGAUAUUCCUAAUGCUCCUCGAACCCAGCCUGCAGAAUGGGGCCGUCGCAGGGCACAGAGAGCCUCUUCCUGAUGACAGCAAAGACAACAUCACCAUUUUUACUCGGAUUCUGGACCGCUUGCUGGAUGGCUAUGACAACAGGCUGCGCCCGGGUCUCGGAGAGAGCGUGACUGAAGUUCGGACCAACAUCUACGUCACCAGUUUCGGACCGGUAUCGGAUACAGACAUGGAGUACACCAUCGACGUGUUCUUUCGGCAGAGCUGGAGGGACGAGAGGCUGAAGUUCGACGGACCCAUGCAGGUUCUUCCUCUCAACAACCUUCUGGCCAGCAAGAUCUGGACUCCGGAUACCUUCUUCCACAACGGGAAAAAGUCGGUGGCUCACAACAUGACUACUCCUAAUAAACUCCUGCGUCUGGUGGACAACGGGACCCUGCUGUACACUAUGAGAUUAACUAUUCAUGCUGAGUGCCCCAUGCAUCUGGAAGAUUUCCCCAUGGAUGCUCACGCCUGCCCGCUCAAGUUUGGAAGCUAUGCUUACACCAACAACGAGGUGGUCUACAUCUGGACUGCGGAUGAUGAGAAGUCCGUGUCCGUGGCUCCAGAUGGCUCUCGUCUCAACCAGUAUGACCUGCUGGGACACGUCAUAGGCAAAGAGACCAUCAGCUCUAGCACAGGAGAAUAUGUGGUGAUGACAACUUAUUUUCAUCUGAAAAGGAAAAUCGGCUAUUUUGUCAUUCAGACGUAUUUACCCUGCAUCAUGACCGUCAUCCUUUCCCAAGUCUCGUUCUGGCUCAACCGGGAGUCGGUUCCGGCGCGUACCGUCUUCGGAGUCACCACUGUUCUGACCAUGACCACGCUAAGCAUCAGCGCUAGAAACUCUCUACCCAAAGUGGCCUACGCUACAGCUAUGGACUGGUUCAUGGCCGUGUGUUACGCCUUCGUCUUCUCUGCCCUCAUCGAGUUUGCCACCGUCAACUAUUUUACCAAGCGCAGCUGGGCCUGGGACGGUCAGAAGGAGAACCAGGAGAAGAGACGUGAGUCCGCGUCACUCUCCAAAAAGACCAACAACACCUUUAACAUCGUGGGCACUACUUAUCCGAUGAGCGUGGGAAAAGAACCCGGACUGACCACCAUUGCUAAGAGCGCUUCCAGCACGGCCUCAGCCCCGGCCCAGCCCCAGCCGGUCCGAGAGGUGCGGCUGUCCAGAAUGGACGGCGAGUACAUCUGCGAAGGCGUCAAGAAGUCCUACAACCGAGUCAGCAAAGUGGACAAGAUCUCACGCAUUAUCUUUCCGGUGCUCUUCUUUAUCUUCAACCUGGCCUACUGGGCCACGUAUGUCAACAGGAAGCCAACCAUUAGGAGGUCCAACCCCCAUAACUGAACCUGAAGUAUAUCUACAAACAACAAUUUAGGGGGGAAAAAAAACAAACAAACAAAAAAAAAAACUCCCAAUCAAGUCUGGAGUAGCCAUACGAUGCUACCACCACAUCCGCAAACAAUUUUUAAAAAUAAUUUGUUUUGAUUUGUAGGUUUGCAUCGCAUCGGUUCCACGCCAGGUUUACACGCCAUCGUUCGAUCGGUACGAAGUGUUUUUAGAUAAUGUGUACAUGAUUAUAAUCUUUAUACCGUUGUUUAAGGCUUUAUGACUUGUGUGGACAGGUCUGAGUAAGCCUUGUAGUACGUUUCGAUGGCAAAAUACGAACAGCCCGUUUGACGCCAUUCGUUCAGGACGAGCUACAAGGCCGCACGCUCAGCGCACGCCGUAUAUCAGUUAGAUAGAAAACUCCAAGCUAUCGUCGGUAGUCACUCGACCUUGCGAUUGCCUGUAGCCUUCAGCAGCCAGCAGCGAUGUCCGUAUGUCUGUGUGUCGUUCAUAACGAUCGAUGUUUGCUCUUGGAGUCCCCGCCAAUUUAGACCAAUAUCAUGUAGAAUCGCUUUCUCAUCAUCCCCGUGGGUCGGCUCAUUUCUUUGUUUUGUAUUGCUUUAACAGCCUGUGCAGGCUCAAAGGUAAAGAAACUGUGUGCCUUUUCUCAAUCCCUUUCCUGUUGAGAUGAAUCCUUCAUCACUCACAGUCGUCGUCUCCAGCUUAGACUUUUACACGUACAAACAAAUUUGAACGAAGUCCCGUCGAGUCGUCUUACUCUGCGGGAGUCCACUGAGAGCAUCUGACAUUUUAUUGCAUUAAUGUGCACGUGAUAUUUAUUUACUUAUUUAUUUAUUUAUUUAUUCAUUUAGUCGCCGUGUUCAUCUGCAUGAAUUGCGCCUUGUAUUGCUUACAGGCUUUCUCUGGUCUAUAACUGAAUGUUUUGUUUGUUUGUUUGUUUUAUUUCUGCAGUGACAAAUCACAAGACUGCUUUACUGCUUUAACAACCGGGUUCAAGUAUCUCGCCACUAAAGUUAUCAAGAGCUAAACUGUGAAUAGUUCCAUCAAAUAGGCUUUAUGCGAUCAUCUUCGGUGUAUCGUUUGUAGUUUACAAUUCAUUAAUGCUAAUGUAAAAAAAAAAAAAAAGAAGAAGAAAAAAAAAAAAGUGCCAAAUCAUCACGAAUAUGACUUCUCAACUUUGAAAGAGCCAAGUUUACAAAGAAUUUUUUUUUCCUAAAGUUGCGUAACGUAUGUACUUAUGUAACAGCAAGCUACAGUAUAUGAAGCAAAAAAACCCAUUAACCUGACCAUUUCAUGAAUCAUUGCUAUUGAUUAAUAGUUCCGAGUACAUCAUGUAGAUUACCAUCAAUCGUUUAAAAAAAUAAUAAUAAGUCAAUUAGAGGACGGAAAAGACUUUUAUUUUGACUUUUUUUUUUCGUUCGUUCAUUCACCUCUCGCUGUAUUAAUAGUAGAUUUAAUGCAUGACAAUCUCUUCAGUGUUCAGUCUGUCACUUCCUGUUACACCGGGCGUCAUGUUUCAGUACGACGCCCCACGUGUAGCUUCUCCAAGUAGCCGUAUUUGGAGUCUGUAGAUACUUUUAUUGUCUCAUGGGGAAACUUCAUACGUUCGUAUUUUGACGCAAAUAAUGUAAAUGAUAAAUAAAACCAUAUCUGAAUAUAGGAAUAUAUUUAUAUAGUGAUAGACGCAUCUAUUUAUGUUAUUAAUUAUAUACAAUACAUAUAUAUAUAUAUAUAGACAUAUGUAUCUCUCAGGGAAGCCCGACAGAGGGGAAUUAUCCCGUUGUGAUAAACCUGCAGAUUCAAUGAGGUUUCUUUGAGAAGUCAGUCCUGAGCUGUUCUGGACUCUUGGUCUGGGCUUCCCUGUUUAAUAAUAUCGGAGCAAAUGUACAAAACCAGUGAUCCGUACAGCGACGUAGUUCUGUGAAUUAGACCAGACCUGUAUUCCAAUCUAUACUCAAGGCCAGGUAAAAGUCGUGAUAGUUAUAUGUAUCGUGUGAAUCCAAUCUAAAUAGGAUACUUGGAAACCGUCGUCUGUGUAACAGUUCUCUAUAACUUUGCCGUCCAACUUAUGCACACCGAGGAAGUACGCUAGAGAUGUAUUUUUAUGACGAUUACGUUCGGUUCGAUGGCGAAGGAGCGAUUCGUAUGAUUGAUUAACACUAGUUAGACAUCCGGGAUUAAUAUAGUACAUUUAUCACUGCCGGUCUCUUACAACACCGUAUUAAUGCUGCUGAUGAUCUUUCUCGACUGGCGCGAGGCAUGAACUAUCUAUCUAUCUAUCUAUCUAUUUAUUUAUUUAUUUAUUUAUUUCUGCCCUCAUUGCAGUAUGGUUUGGAAUAGACUCUUUUAAUAAUUCUGCUUGUAACUUCUUAGCAGACGUCUCCUACGUUGCAGAAAUCUGCUAGCGAGAUUCUUGCUCUGCUAGUCGUCCUGCCUUCGCGUGCACGAUCGUGCGCGCGGUUUCUCGUACAUUCUGUACUACCUGAAAAAUUAUCUUACGGUUUCUGCGCGUCCCAGCUGCUUCGACGAGCAAACUCUGGUGGAUUUCAUCAAUACUUUUUUUUUUACCCUUGGCUCGUUCUUUUUGAGGUUAUAAACAGCCUAAGGGGACGUCCACGUUGUGUUUUAUCUGUACGCUCACCAGCUAGUUUGUUAGGAACACCUGCGUCCGUGAUCAUUACUGCGGUUAUCCAAUCAGCCAGCCAAUCACGAUGUGGCAGCAGGAUACAGGGUUCUGUUAAUGUUCACAUCAAACAUCAGAAUGGUGGGGAGGGGAGGGGAGGGGAGGAGGGGGGUCAUCGUAGUGACCAGUAACGUUUUUCUCGUCUUCAUCUGUCCAGCUUUGGUGUCCGCUGUAGCACCAGAUUCCUGUUCUUUACCUGACAAGAGAGGAACCUGAUGUGGUCCUGUGCUCUUCUAGCACAUUCACCUCAAAGUUCAGCGUUUUGAGAUGCUUUUCAGCUCUCCGUGGUUUAAAGAGUGCUUAUUUGACUUCCUGUCAGCUUGAACCAGACUCUCCAUUCUCCUCUUCCUUCACCUCUCUCAUCAGCAAGACAUUUUUGUUUGUUUGUUUGUUUGUUUUUGUUUUUCUCUCCAUUCCGAGUAACCUCCCAGGAGAUCAGCAGUUUCACUGAGGUUAAAAAAAAAUUCUUGAUGUUUGAUGCAAACAUUAACCGUAAUCUGCAUCUGCAUGAUUUUAUGUCGUUGCACUGCUCUAACGUGAUUGUCUGAUCAAAGGAUCGCACGAAUACCGGUGAGUGUAAACGUAUAACUGUAUUUUUUUCCCACUAUUCCGGCUGCUCCCGUUUCGGCCACCACAGCGGAUCCCCCAGCCGCAGGUCGAUUGUGGCACAAGCUUUACACCGGAUGUGCUUCCUGACGCAACCCUCCGCAUUUUCUGCUUUCUCCGUGCUUUUCCAGCGGCUGGGGGCGGUUCCCCGACCGGGACUCGAACCUGGGCCGCGGCACCGAGAGUGCCGCACGCGAGCCGCACGCGAGCCGCACGUCCAUCAGGGAACCAUGUUUAUAAAUAUAUAACUACGUCUAUUAGAUGGGAAAUUCCCGAGUCUGCCAGAGUUUGGUUUGAAAGCUGAUUGGUUUCAGUUCUAACCCGUUCGACGGCGGCUGUCGGUCGUUAGUCGUGUCACGUGAGAGAUGCUUCUUUUGUUAUUAUUAUUAUUGUUACGCUUUCUUUCGUGGCAUUACACUGUGAUUACGUUUGAAAGGAUGACUCUGUAAGAAUUGUCUUCGGCAGAACGAAGUGAAGUUUGCACAAAACAUGACCGAGUGCUUUUACUGUCAUCCGCGUGACUAAGGACGACGUCGAAGUACGCGAAAGACUCGGCCCCAAUAUGCCGCCCGUUCCUUUCUGUAUAAAUCAGACUCGUGGUCAAAGGGGAAGCGGCGCUUGUCCGGAAAAGAAAUUGUUUUGCCGUUUUCAAAAAAUAAAUAAAAUAAAUAAAAUACUGUGCUAAGAUCAAGGCUGACUUGAUAAAGCUGCCUUCCUCCAAAUAAAUUGUAAUGUUUACGACUCUUCCUCAGCCAUACAUCAUGAUUAUUGCCAAAUUAUCAGCCGUGCCAAAUGACCUUUUGAGAGAAGUGCAGUGAGAGAACUGAUUUGUCCAUAGACAUAGACUUAGUCGAGUGUGUGUGUGUGUGUGUGUGUGUGUGUGUGUGUGUGUCAGGUUUGUUUUCUGCACUGAAAUGUCACGAGAGCUUAAAAGACGUCGGUGACGGAGUUUCCGUUUGUCCGGACUGCAGUAAUCGUGAGCAGUGGAAGAAUUUCUGUGCGCACGUCGCAUAUUUCUCAGCUCAAAACGAUCUCGUCCAGACGUUCUAACGCGCGCCGUCCAAUCCGAUUCGGUUCAUACGAAUGAACUCGCAUGCCGUCCUCGCGGUUAUUUUCCUCGGACUCGGCCGACUAAAGAAUUUAAACUAUCUCAGAUCGUCGUCCAAUGCUAGCGUAUACGCUCCAAGAUAUUUCAGUGAAGCCGAGCCAAACGUCCUCCUCUUUUUCCCCUAGAUAAAGACUACGUAAGGAAUAAUCUCCCCCGUGUCCACAUGAUUUUUUGAAAACGAGACUCGAGCUUUUCGGAUCCAAAUUGCUGUGCAGAUGUAGCGCUUUCUGCUAGUGGGAGAUGCUUUUGCUGUUAAUUAUAAAUCGAUAACGGUUCGUGUGGUUCCUGCGGCGUUUCGUGUUUUUUUUCCCGCGGUGCCUCGCCGCCCCUCCUCCUCGUCCCGCGCUCACACAGUUACCGUGGCGUUCCUCUCGGAACGUGCCGUUAUGAGAAAAUAACCCGCUCGGGGAUGGUACGAUGAAGCGGAGCCCGAUCCGAAGCGUGUCGUUCCUCUCAUACGACGCUGAUUUGCCAACGGUUCUGCGCUUAGAAACGAACGAGACGUCAGACCUUUUAACGGUUCCGUCGAUGUAACAUUUUUGUUUGCGGGACGUCCACGAGACGAGACUUCCUGUUCUCGAAUCUGCUCGACCGUGUUUCAGAUACAUGUUUAAUCUUGACCAUUAAAUAUCUAAUUAAAAAAAAAAAAGAUGUGUUCACACGGUUCUGGAAAAAAAAAAGAAAAAAAAAACGGAAUAAUCCGAUCUCCGUCACGUGUAGAAGUAGAUUCUGAAACGCGAGCCCUGAUGUAAACAUAGCUGUUGUGGAACGUUUAAGAGUCCGGUUUUAGUUCGGAACAGAAAUGUAGAAAUCUGAGGCCGUGUUUAAGCCUGGAAAACGGCGGAGUCUGUUUAUAUCUGUCGGUGAAAGUUCCUGUUAAAGGUCGAACGUGUUUGCGUUGCUGUGUGAAACGUCCCUCCUGCCUCUGCGUCACUGUGCUCUACAGAAACGUGUCAAAGCCUGACGUUACGGUGUUCCGGUCAGAAAAGUCAUUGGGGAUUUUAUUUUCCUUUCUUUCUUUCUUUUGUAGAAAUUCUGACUUUGAGGUGUUUUUGUGAUCUGUUUGUGAGAGUAUUAACAGUUUUCUGUUUUUACCCUUCGUGUGUCCGGGUUAGCUGUCCCUUAUGUUCAAUAAAGAUCCUCAACUUUCAGAUA